CGUAUCGUGGUGUAGUGAUCGCAUUUUGUGUCCGUGAUUUUUUAAAAAUUUAUUGAAAAUGCCGUUCACUUGUAUUACGUGUGGUAUAACAUACGCGAACAAAAGUAGCUCAACACGACAUCAGAAAAUGCACGAUGGAACUGUUUUCAAAUGCGAGAUAUGCUCUAAAACAUACCUUCGUCGCGAUUAUUUGGUCAAACACGCGCAGAACGUUCACAAAUUUAAAAAAUACGGGAAAUCGUUCAACGAAGCAAUGGGCAUAACCGAUCUGAUGAUGGGAGAAGCACUGACAGAUGCACUAUCAUCACCACCACCACCACCACCACCACCACCAACCCCCACUUCACCAUCGUAUAUCUCGCUCGCACCACCCGUAGCCACCACGUCUACCCUCACCACCGACGUCGAUACCAUCGCUAUCCCCGCACCCGCACCGCGUAAACGCUUGAAUGUAAACACCGCGGUUAAUAUUAUGCGAAAAAAAAAAUCGUAUGGCAUCGAUGAACACGACGUGCGGGUUUCUCGAAAUAGACUCGUCUUUUAAUCGCUCCGUCGUAUGGUAUUACGCGAAAAACGUUAUUAAUUGUACCGAUUAUAACGUUUUUCUACAAUCGAUUAGGACGGAGCUGGUGGAUCUAUUACGUGGACGCACGCUAGUUCAUCCGAUAAAAUAUAACCUUAAAUUAGAGGCCACUUACGAUAUCCCCAAACUCGAGCAGUCGCUCGUAAACAGGUCUUUUAAAACGUGCGCACGCGAACUAUACAAACACGGGGAUAUCGAUGAGAUGGUGGACGAAGACUUUUCGGCGCUUAUCGCCGAGGAGGACGUUUACCGCGGUAAAGGUAGCGGAUACACUCUCAAGUGUAUAGACGGACUGUUGUUGGGUGUGUACAAGUACACUCCGCUCGACGGUUCGUCUUACGUUCCGUUACCGGCUUCCGUGGAGUCACGGAAGGCUGUGGUAAACCCGCAAAAUAUCGACCGCGAAUGUUUUAAGUGGGCGAUUCUGGUAAAACACGUGCAGAACAUCGCGCAUCUCAAUCGAGUCGGCGUGAAUUAUUCGAGCGAGGAGUACCGGUACGACUUCUCCGCGUUAUCAGUCCCCACCCCCGUAUCUGAAAUUAAAAUAUUCGAGCGUUGCAACCCCGGCACGUCGGUAAACGUGUACGGUUUGGGAAAUUGCGGUAACGAUAAAAUAUCCCCUACAGUAUACCCCUUAAGGGUUAUCGAUGCGGAGCAGGAGAAUCAUUUCGAUCUCCUACUCGUCAACAACGGUAAUAAUUAUCACUACACGUACAUCUCGAAUUUUUCCCGACUCGUUAGCAGUCAGAUGAGCACGAGUGAACGUAGAGUUUUCGUGUGUAAAAGGUGUUUUACCCGUUUCGAUAACCGACCCACUCGCUAUAAGCGUAACGGUGCGGCAGCGCUCGCGGACCACAUGAAAAUAUGUGGCACGCACAAACCGAUAGCGCCUAAGAUGCCGGUGGAGGGGGCCACGGUGCGAUUCGAGGGAUGGGGUAAAAUGCAACGCUUACCGUUUGUUUUGUACGCCGACUUCGAAUCGUAUCUCCGUAAUUCGACCGAGAGGCUAGGUACGAACACACGCGUCUCGCAAGACCACUGCCCCAUGAGCUACGGCUUUAUGGUAAAAGCCGCGGACGGUGUGCCCGCGGAGCUGCUCGAACGGUUCGAGAUUCCGCGCGCACCAGUCAUCGUUCGCGGGUCGGUUACGCGAAGUGACAUGGCGCGGCAAUUUGUUCUGGCGGUCACCGAGAUAGCGGGUAAAUUGUACGAACUGUAUAGGUCGACGAACACGGAUAUUGUGUGGAGCGGCGGUGAGGAGGAACUCGCGGUGCACACGUUUAAAACGAGUUGCGAUCUGUGUCGCGCGGCGUUCCGCGAGGAAAACCGUAAAGUCGCUCACCACGAUCAUCUGUCGGGGCGCUUUUGAAGACAUUAUGCAACACGUGCAAUUUGAAACUAAGAACGCCCAAUUUCGUGCCAUGCUUUUUGCACAAUUUAUCCAAAUACGAUGCUCAUUUUAUCGUGACCGAGUUGGGAUACGAUACCGAGAGGAUCUCCGUGAUACCCAACUCGGAGGAGAUGUACAUUUCUUUCUCGAAAUACAUUAACUCCAAGUUCACGAUAAGGUUUGUCGAUACGUAUCGUUUCAUGUCGUCCAGUCUAUCCACUUUGGCCGCGAACCUUUCGACCGCGGACUUUGGUAAAUUCCGCGAAAUCGCAAAAGUGUUCGCGCCGAACGAUAUGCCUCUCGUGACACGUAAAGGUGUAUAUCCGUACGAGUACACCGACAGCUGGGACAAAUUGAGCGAGACGAGUCUGCCGGAGCGCUCCGAGUUUUUCAGCACGCUGACGGAAAAGCACGUGAAGGUCGCGGAACACGAGCACGCGAUUCGGGUAUGGGAUCACUUCGAUUGCAGCACUCUAGGC